AGAGAAAGGAUCACUCGGCAGAGAAGCAGCAUUGGUGACUCUACCGCAGCAGCCGUUCGACGCAGGAGUAUACAUAGAAGUAAGGCAUAUUUGUUUUUCUCUUUUUGCCAUCAUUGUGGUCGUUUACCUGUCGUUAUUGCGGUUUCUUGCGUCUGUUCUACUUGGUAGCCGCUUCAAGAAAGAAAAGAGAAAACACUAGGUGGGUAGUGACACACACAGAGAAGAGAAGGAUAAUAAGAUACGCAUUAACGUGGAAUCAUUACACUACCACGAAUCCGAUUUUGUGCUAGACGCAGCGAACGAGCAUCACACACGUCCUUUUUUUUGUUGUAUCAUUCCCGUUCAUACAGAUCUUGUAUAUCCCCACUCCCCCUCUCUGAAAGAGAAGAGAAGAGAAGCGCUUGCAGCUGCACAAACUUUUCGUCCUCUUCUUUUCUUUUGAUUUGGGAGGUUUUGAAGCAUGUCCGGCACGCCUCCGCCGCACUCGCAGGGGGAGCCCCCGGCAGCAGCACCGCCGCCGCUACCGCUGCCCAUUCUAACCGAGGAUGACAUCGCCGCCCUGCCACCUGCGCCGUCCUCUCCUGACUCUGCGGUCUCCUCCGGCGUCGGCACCGCCGCAGCCAACGCAGAAAACGAAAUGGUGGAUAGCCCCACCCCCCUCGACCUCUCUCCCGUUCACAGCGAGGUGUCGGCACCGCUGCCAGACAAAGAAGGAGAAGAAGAAGGAGAGGGAGUAGAAACGCCCGACCACGGCGGGCAUGAGCACGACGACGCGAUGAUCGACAUAUGCGAAGCCCUGGCUCCGGUGGACGCCCCGCUGGCGAUGCCGGAGUCGCUGCCGCCGCCGCCGUCGUCGACCACCUCGACCGCCUCCGCCUCUCCGUGGUCGACGCUUUCCUCGUCUCCUUCCUCGGCAUCGUUCCCGAUUGCGGGCUCACCGACGGCCGGGGAGAGCGUUGAGACGCCCGACAGCCCCACCGUCGUAGACUCCGCCUCCGAGCCGCCGGACGAUGUCCACGAUGACGAAGAACGACUAGCGUCACCAGCACACCAGCAGCCGCGCCUCAUAGUUGGCGUAGCAGGAGCAGCAGAGAGUGUCCUGUCUGAAGAGGCGGAGGCACAGAGUCUCCGCUUAUCGGAGGAGCGGGCGGCAGCCGCGCUGAACCGCUUCAGCACGUCCCUCCACGCGAAGCUGGUGGAGCAGCUCAUCGACGACGCCGCCGCCGCGGUCGAGACAACGCUGUGCAGCACAAUCCGUCAGCACGGCGCCCGCGUCGGGGCCCUCGUCGCGCACAACGAGGCGUUGGACGCACAGCUGACCAGUCAAGCGGCGCGCAUGCAAUGCAUGGAGAGUGAGUUGGCGGAGUCGAUUGGGAAGGAGGUGCAGCGGGUGCUGCGCGUGGAUCUGCGAGCGGCCCUCCGUGCGCAACGAACAGCGGCGGUGUCGUCGUCCGCAUUGGUUGCGCCGCCUUCGUUCGAUGCGCAGCGUACGGUGAGGGAAGGAGGAGGCGAAGAGCGUCAGCAGCAGCACGACAGCGAUGACGCUUCGCUGGCGCGCGGAAACGAAGAAGACAGCAGUAACACCUCCCUCCAAGCGCAUCGUGACGCUAGCAUUCGUAGCAGCCAUUCCGUUCUGGGGGAGGAAGACGAGGCAUCCGAGGAGCUUCCUGUGUCGGUAGAGGAGCUCAUUGCCGCCUACCUCGGCACGCGCAGCACCAUCAACGUGCUGCAGCGUGAGCGCGAGGAGUGGCGCCAGAACAUGGCCGCCCUUCACACCAGCCUGCUCGCCGCCACACAAGAGAAUGCGGUGCUGCGGCGCGAGGUGGCGCAGCUGCGGACUUCCAUGGUGGAUCUCGACACACACCGAGCCGUGGUCCAGGCCCGGGCAGAGGCGGAACACCAAUGCGAGUUGCUGCGGCUGCAGCUUGCGAAGCAGUCCGAAGAGGCAGAUGUGCUCGCGGCGUUGGUGGAAAGGUUAGAGCUCACACAGCCGUCGCGUGCCACCAUGGAAGACGCCGCAGCGAAUGCAGCAGCUCCACAACCCAGCGCGAAUGAAAGGGAGGCAAGAGAUGAGGCAGCAGCGGUGCGCAAAGGUCCUGUGUGGGACGUCGCGAUGCGGGAGAUGGAAGAGCAGGUCCUCAUUGCCGCGAACAGCCGUCACUUACAAGAGCAGCUCACAAAGGCGGAAGCCGAGUUGAAGAAAUUGGAGGCGGAGCGCGACGCUAGCGUCGCCUACGCGGCGGCUCUCAAGGAAGAAGGCGACGUCCUGCGGACGGAUGCGCAGUCGUUGACGUACCGCAACAGCGUUCUCUCGCAGCAGGUCGCUUCGCUGUUGGUGAAGGUGGAGAACACCACACGGGCCUACCGGCAUCUGAAAGAGAGUAUUGCACACAAGCAGCAGCAGCAGCAGCAGCAAGGCACGUCCUCGCUGCCGACCGCCUCGAGCAACGGCAGCAACGCUCAAGACCGCCCUUUGGUACCGUCCAAUCUGCUGAGGUCUCUCCCGAGCACCUCAUCACGGCGCAGCAACUGGUUAGCGUCCAGGUGGCCCGUGAUCAGCACUUCAAAGAGCGCCAUCCGCUCCCCCGACACCACCUCCAGCUCCCUCCAACAAUCGGCGCACGCGGCUGGCGUGGGCAAGUCGCUCAACACGGCUGUCCUCUACGGCCGCCCGUCCACGUCGGACAUCCGGCAGCUUCUGUACAUGCCGGGCGCCUCCGCCGACGUAACUUUCAUGCGGGCCCCGACCGAAGUGGAGGAAGGGGUGCAGCAGCGACUCAGCACCUACAGCGCCUCGCACGUCACCGUCCCCUCCACGCUGCUCUCCGCAGCGUCUGCAAGCUCUGGCCAUCACCGUCACGCAUCACGUCGCACACGGCAGACCUCGUUGCGUCAGCUGGGCAGCGCCACUCUUGAAGUGGACCUCGAGUGCAAGCCCUACCUGCCCGCCAGCGAUCAGCUCAGUGGAUCGGCACUGGGGCGACCGUCUGCGUACACGACGCUGGACCCGCUUAACGGCACCGUCACCCGACGCAUGGGGGGUGAACAGCUCUCUGUGCUGCAGGGCGGCGAGGGCCAGGGCAGCGAGCCUUCCACCUCCGCCUCGUCCUCCAUUGUUGCCAGCGAGGACGACGUGAACGCGGACCCGCAGCUGCUUUGCCUGCUGGACACGCUGGACAAGGACGAGUCGUUGGACCGAUUUAGCGUGAACUCCGUCUCUGAGCUUGUUGUGCGCAACCAGGAGCUCGUGCAGCAGCUGUACGACGCAACGCAACGCGCAGAAGCUGCAGCGCGACAGCAGCAGCAUCAGCAAGCGGAGCACGAGAAAGGGAGAGCGCGCAGCACCGUCCACGGUUUCGCAAGCAAUCAAGAGCCUCCCGCUUCACUGGCGGCGCCCGUGGCAACGUUGUUGCGGCACUCAGAGACCGCCGCUGCUCCUCCACGACGCUCUUCGGUCACGCCCUCCCGCAAGCGUGAUCGCGGCGAUGAAGGCGAGUGGAUGUCCGAUGCUGACGCCACGAAGCGGAACGAAAGUAACGUCGCAGGGCACGCGCAAGGUCGCGGCUCGGUCGGGCUUGUGCAGAGCGAGCGCGGCGCCGGCACCGGGGCCUCGUCCGCUUCUUCCGGGACUUCGCCCGAGACGGAAGAAGCCGUAGAAGAAACAGACGCGGCAGCAGCGGUCGAGCCGUGGUUCCUGGAGUCGGCCAGUGCGGCGGUGACCAGCAUGGUGGACGCGUUGGUGCGCCGACACGAGGUGCGUCUGACCGCCGUCGACACGGACGUCUCCAGCGCCCUCCUGCGCGCGCUCGCCGCUCAGCGGGACGCCGACAACGCCAUGCACGCGCGCACGCCCAGCAGUGGAGAGGGAAGUACAGCAGCAGCGGCAGCAGCAUCGUCUGCCCCUUCGCGGGCGAUGGCGGGGUGUCUGCGCCGUCUUCUGCAGCUCUGCGUCCGGCAGUCCGCGACGUUGGCCGAGGUGGCCUUCAACGCGGCCGGGCAGCAGCAGGAGAUGCAGAAGGCGGUGAGGGAGACGUGGACGGAGGUGCAAAUGACGCUGGUACGGGCUCUGCAGACUUCCCAGCGGGCCCUCACGCCGUCAGAUAGCCACCACAGCCGCAUCAGCAACAGCGGUGCGGAGACGUUGGUGUCGUCCUCGCUGCGUGCCUCGCCUUCGCAGCGCACACGGUCAGAGACGGAGAGCGCGUCGGCCGGGACGGCGAUGACAACGACGACGGAGCGUGACGACUUCCGUGCGGAGGAGCAAGUGACGCUACUGCAGGAGCUGAGCUCGUUGCUGCAGACGGCGGCGAAGAAGGACGGCACGCUGCUGCACGUCUACCAGGCCGCGCAGGCACGGCAGGAGGCCCGCCAGAAUCAGCAGAAGGAGCGCGUGGCCCGGCUGCUGCUGAAGCUGGAGCGCAAGCGGCGCCUCAUCAAGGCACUGCGCCUUCGGCAGGCGUACGUGGGGGUGGAGGCGUCGGCGCGCGGUUUGAGUCGCGCUGGGCAAGACGCAGACAACCACCCCAGCACCACGCAGAGCACUGCGGCCACUGCAGCGGCGGCAGCGGCGGCCACCUUCCGCCUCUCCCCGCAGCCCGGCUCCCCGGUGCACCGCACUCCGCCGCUGCUGCCCAUGUCUCUUCCCUCCCCGACCGUGCCCGCCAGUCCGCAGCCCCGACGGCGCCACCGGCACCGCAGCCGCACCCGGGCGGAGAACGACGACCUCGAUGCCCACACCGACCGCACGAGCACCUCGCAGAGCGAGGGGGAGAGUGACGAGGACGCUGCGAACGGCGAUGAGGCCGCGUCGCUGGGCAUCUUCCGUGAACUGCAGCAGCAGCUAGCCUUCAGUCAGGCGACCCACCGCGCCGUGCAGGAGGAGCUGGAUGCGGAGAAGCUGAAGCACACGACGAUGCUGGAGCGGAUGUGGGUGUUGGAGACGGCGCGUGACGAGGCGGAAGCGGCGAAAGAGACGCUAGAGAAACAAGUCCACGAGAUGAUCCCGCGAGACAGCUAUGACUCUGUCGCUACAGAUUUAAAGAGAGUCACGAGCGAGUUGGAAGACCGAGACACGCAGCUCAGCGUUGCCUUGACAAAAAACGACGCACUUCAGGAGAAGAUUGCCGUGCUGCAGGCGCAGCUGGAAGCACAACAGCUGCAGGCCCAGACUCAGCGUGGUCAGCUGGAGGAGGUCGCCCACCGCCGGGAGCAGCGCCUGGCCACCGAGGAGGGCCGCUACCGCGAACUACACGCGCAACUUUCUGACGUGAAGCAGCACGCCGCCAGUCUUGAAAACGUCAUCGCGCUGCUGCGCCGAGAGCUGCAGGAGAAGGCACAGACGAUCCGUCAGCGCGAGGAGGUGGUCGAGGAGUUGAAGCGUCAGAUUCUUAUGCGCGAGGAUGUGCAGGCGCUGCUUCAUAGGCUCUACCCCGGUGACAGCGUGGUCGAGGCCAACGCGCAGCUGGUGCAGCGCCUCUCGCACACCACGACCCGCCUGCAGGUGGAGCUGGCUGAGGUAAAGCAGGAUCUGGCCCACACGCAGGACGAGCUGCGGCAGCGCGAGCUGCGCGUGCGAGAGGCCGUGCAAGACCGCCAGGCCGCGGAGGUGCGUCUGCAGGACGCUGUCGCCCGUUUGGCAGAGCUGCAAGACGACGAUGAGCAGCAUCACCAUUACCACCACGACAGCACUGCGAGCACAGCGACGAGUCCCACCGUCGUCAACUCACCAACGCUCGCCAACAUGGACGCUCUCUUCAGUGUGGAGGGGGCGUCCGUCGCGGCACUGCGGCACCGGGUGCGCUACCUGACCGCCCGCAUGGAGGCACAGGCGAAGGACCUGGCGGUCAUGCGAGACGCCGAGGCGGCGUGGAAGCAGCGCGAGAACGAGCUGCGGCGGCAAGUGGAGCUGAUGAGCGCGGACCCAAUCAGCCUGUGCGCUCGCAAGUACGGGCUGACGGCGUGCGCAACUUUUGCGGAUCAACUGGCUGAGAUGCAGGCGCGCCAGGAUGUGCUGCGCCGGAGUGUGGCGACCGGCGAAGAAGAACGGCGGAGGCUGCAGGGGCAGCUGGAGGCGGCGCUCGCGAGGGCGGCGGAGACGGAGCGCCAGCGGGAUGACGCGACGGCACGGGUCCGUGAGAUGGACGCGCAGCUGGCGGAGAUGCAGACGGAGAGUCAAGAUGGGAAGGCAGCGUUUGCGUUGCUGGAGGCGCAGCUGCAGGCGGAGGCAGCAAAGCAUGACGAACUUCUGCAGCAGCAGCAACAGACCUUGUCGGACCUGCACGGUACGACAUCUGCGUUGAGCGAAGUGCAGACGUCUCUUGCGGCGUGCAGGACGCAGCGGGAUCAGUUCCUGGCCGAUAACAAGCAAAUGAUCAGCGCGGUGGAGAAGCUGGAGAAGGCGCUACUGCAGUCGGAGGCGGAGAAGGAGAUGGCGCGAGAGGCGCUCGCACAAGGUUUGUCGUCGUCCUCGCGUCGCCACCGGGGUGGAGGGCAUCGCGGGACUGCCGCGGAGCGGUAUCAGAACCAGACCUCGUUAACACAAGACCUCAGCUUCUCCUCCAUCCUCCCUAGUCCUUAA